UCACAGUGCAGGUUUUCGGUGUGUUCGCUACAUCCUAAAGUGAUGGAGAAGUUAAUUGUUUUGCUCAUCUGCUUACUUGACUGGAUGGUGCUGAUGGGAAGCAGCCAGGAGCAACAUUUACGCGCCAGGGGACCAUGGAGACAACGCUUCCAGUGGGAAAGUAACGGGCGCGUGUACAGUUUAUUGAGCACGGGGACACAGUACCGCUCACCUGCACAGAGCAGAAAGCGCACACAGAUGCUGCUGACCACCAAUAGCAACCGCAACGUACCUGACUCUCUCAGAUCCAGAGCCAGACUGGAGGCGCAGAAUGAACAAAUGGACACGUCUGUCCUGGGUCCUGAUGCUGGCCAGUACAUUCUCGCCUCUGGACAAACAGAAUCACAGCAGACUACGAGAGGACAUCAAGCGUCCUCAAGUUCAGUGCUGGAGUUCUCCGGCAGUGGAGUCCCGCGCGGAGGCCGCAGCACACCUGUUGAAGACACAGUUGUACAAACUACAGUCCUCACUGCCCAAUCCACAGAUAAUGUGGUAAGACCAGAAAGUAAUGGGCAGACAACACAGCCGAGUAGAGCGGAAACUCCAACCAUACAGAGAGCACAACCUGUGCUCCGGGUGACCGCGGCGACCAACGUAUCCCACACGCCACUGUCCGGUGACGCGGUGGAGAUACAUUUUCCCCGUUUGAGACUGGACACACCAUCACGCACGGACGCAGGGCAUCCACAAGAUACACCAAAUUCCCAAGACAGCAACUCAGUUUUCUAUAAUGCAAAUCCACCAAACCGCAGAACCAGCCCCCCAGCGAGAAACCCCCCAGGGACUGGAUAUGGGACCAGAUUCUUCCACAGCGGUUUACCUGAUUUGGUUCCAGACCCGUACUACAUUCAGUCAUCCUCUUACAUCCAUAGAAUGCAGAUGUAUGCUUUGCGCUGUGCAGCAGAGGAGAACUGCCUCUCUAGCUCUGCGUACCGGCCUGGUGUCAGUGACCUGGAGUACAGGGUCUUGUUGAGAUUCCCACAACGUGUGAAGAACCAGGGAACUGCUGACUUCCUCCCACUGAGACCCAGACAUGAGUGGGAAUGGCACAGCUGUCACCAGCACUAUCACAGCAUGGAGGCUUUCAGUACAUAUGACCUCUUGGACGUCUCCACUGGGCUCAGAGUGGCCCAAGGACACAAGGCCAGUUUCUGUCUGGAGGAUACCACAUGUGACCCAGGAAUACGGCGACGCUAUGCAUGCACCUCUCAUACACAGGGGCUUGGUCCAGGUUGUUAUGACACUUAUCAUGCCAACAUCGACUGCCAGUGGAUUGACAUAACUGAUGUGCCCCCAGGAAACUACAUUCUUAAGGUGAUGGUAAACCCCUCCCAUCUGGUUGAAGAGUCAGACUUCUCCAACAACGUAGUCCAGUGUGAAGUGAGAUACACAGGGAGCUAUGUUCAGACCAGAAACUGCAGGAUUACCCUAAGCUGAUUGGUAUGAAGAUAGUGGCUGCAUCAACACUAAUGUUUUUAAUAUGGGUUAUUUAUGUUGA